GUCUCGCGCAGUUUCUUUUGAUACUGUCCGAUGUUAUACGUAUCGUAUGGUAUGGUAUAUUGUGGUCUACCGGUAGUACAUCUCCGUACCUCCUCCCUCCCUCCUCUGUUCAAUGAAGACUACUGGCACGAUCGAUAAUGGAUGAUCUUUUCUUUUCUUUUCGAUCCUUCCCUUCCCUUCCCUUUCCUGUUUCUCUUUCUUUCUUCACUUGCACACUCCACUCUGUACAUACUUGCUUUUUCGUGCUUUCAUGCUUUCACACUUUGAUAUCUUUACACUUUGCUCCCUCUCAGAAUCGCACGUAAUCCAUAUAUGGGUUGUACAUGCCUAGUACCUGCCCGUUGACGUAUAUCUAUAUAUAUCUCUCUAUAUAUUGUAUAUUCACAUAUAUUCCACUUCUUCCUCCUCUGGAAAAUCUUUCCGCCGUGAUAUCAAUUGGAUAAAGUUGUGAUUGUUGGUCGGGACUGUUCCAGUUUUCACAAACAUUUCAUUCAGCUACCUCACAAGCUGCGGAAAUCCCCACGACCAUACAUCCUUUGGUUCUACCGCUACACGAUUGUACCCAACUUCGUCUACUCGAUCAUUACUCUCGGCAAUUCUCCGUUUGGACGACAUUCAAUCCCGUUGACGCUUUUCACAUCAUCAACCCUACUUUCGACGUCCAAGCUUAGCAGGGUACACGGCAUUCCCCUAAAGAUCUCCGACGAGAAUACGUAGACGACGGCAGAUAUAAGUGAGACGGCCAUCCAGGGAGAUAGGAUAUCUGCGAGUGGCCGAAGGAGUGGCAGUCGGUGAUCAUGUCGGAAUAUACAGUUGAAGUUACGUGUGGGAGUGGAAAUGAUUAUGAUGGACGGAUGGGUGUGCGAAUAUCUUCCAUAUUCGUCAUUGGAUUUGGUUCCAUGAUGGGUGCUCUUCUACCAAUCGCGGCUGCAAGAACGAAAAGAAUGAGUGUUCCACCUCUGGCAUUCUUUAUCACUAAAUAUUUCGGAUCGGGUGUUAUUAUAGCUACCGCUUUCAUACAUUUACUUGCUCCCGCUUCAGCCAAUUUAGCUUCCCCAUGUUUAGAGGGCGCAAUCACAGACUAUGAUUGGGCUGAAGGUAUUUGCCUUAUGACUAUUUUCAGCAUGUUCUUUAUUGAGCUCUUGGCAUCACGAUUUGAUGUAUUUGGACAAGAAGAUCAUGAUUUAGAAGCUGCCGAUCCUGCAAGAGAUCUCAUCCGGAGAAAUACCCGAGAUGAGAAGGUUGAUGCAUUGAAAACAUCUUCGCCUUCAGAUGGCAACAGUUACAGAGAAACUGUAGAUAGCCCUCAAGCUUCCAACGCCGUUCUAGAACAACAUGAUCACGAGAGUUCAAUUACCCGGGUACCAACAUCUGGAGAAGGGCCAUCCAGAGGUAGAUCAAGUAUUCCAGGUCGACCUGAUGAUUUGUCAUACCCCCCUGGAGGAGAGGAUCAUCUCGGACAUCAACGAGAACAUCACGAAGAUGGCGACCAUUUUGCUGCUCAAAUGACCGCACUAUUCAUUCUUGAAUUUGGUGUCAUAUUUCAUUCCAUAUUUAUAGGUCUCACACUUGCCGUCACAGGUGAUGAUUUUAACGUCCUUUACAUUGUCCUUGUUUUCCAUCAAACAUUUGAAGGUCUUGGUCUUGGAGCUCGACUUGCUACGGCUCAUUGGCCUAAAAAGAAGGGGUGGAUGCCAUGGGCUUUAGGAGCAGCUUAUGGUUUUACAACACCUAUCGCAAUUGCUAUUGGUUUAGGUGUUCGUACAACAUUUGCCCCAGGUAGUCAAAAGACUAUGAUUAUCAAUGGUGUAUUCGACUCCAUUAGUGCUGGAAUUCUCAUCUAUACAGGAUUAGUGGAAUUGAUGGCACAUGAAUUCAUGUUCAAUCAAGAGAUGCGUAAGAGUUCAAUGAAAAUGAUGCUAUUUGCUUUCGGAUGUAUGGUUGCAGGAGCAGGUUUGAUGGCGUUAUUAGGGAAGUGGGCAUGAAAGAAUAUAUAUCUUCAUUAUAUUAUAAGUCUUAAUCAUAUAGAUGGCUAUGGGUAUAGGUAUUUUCGGAGUAUAAGCUGAUUGGAGCUUAAGUGGGAUAAAGGCGAAUUGGCGUUGAAAAGAAUUACUUCUUGGAGGAUUAUUUGUAUAUAUGUUACGAUGAAAUUACCAUUGGUAUUGGAAUUGGUGGUUAUGAUAUGAAGAUGGAUGGGAUUGUAUGGUAUAUUGAUGAUGGUGGAUGCAUUGAUGCAUCAAUGGAUAUCGAGUUAUCAAUUAUUAUUUGAUGUUAGAAAUUAUAUAAGAUGGUAUAGAUGAGGAGGAAAGAGAAAAAGAAGAAAGAGAAUAUUUGUAGAUGAGGAGAUGGAAGAAAUGAAUAUUAUGAAUUUUGA